AUGGUUGUGAUGAUAGAGCUGCAGCAGUGAGGGAACAUCUCAUCUGUGACUGUGUCAGUGCAGAAACAUGGGGGAAGCCGAGACUGUGCCAUCCGACGAAAAACAAGCAGAAACCGGUAUCUGUACCGCCGAGGAAUCGAUAGUAUGGAGUCAAGAAGUAGAAGUGUGUCUUUUUCACGCCAUGCUGGGUCAUAAACCCGUAGGAGUGAAUCGUCAUUUCCACAUGAUCUGCAUUCGGGAUAAGUUCAGUCAGAACAUCGGCAGGCAGGUGUCGUCUAAAGUCAUCUGGGAUCACCUGAGCACCAUGUAUGACAUGCAAGCGCUGCAUGAAUCAGAAAUACUCCCGUUUCCAAACUCAGAAAAGAGCUUUGUGCUGCCAGAAGAGAUCAUACAGGAUGUCAAAGAAGGUAAAGUGGGAUCAGAAGAUGACGUGAAGGAGGAGUUCAAAGAAGAGAGUGACCCGCCUGCAACCCAUGAAGAAGGCAGCAAUUCCUCCGUGAAGAUGUCAGAGAGGUCGGGCAGCGGGCGCGAGAAAGAGAGAGAGCGGGCCGAGAGGGGGGGCUCCGGUGAGACGGGCAGCGGGUCGAAAGAAUCAGCCGGGGAAAAGAGAAAGAGGAGCCGAGCCGUGGAGAAGGUGAUGAACUCCAGCAACCCCUCCAGUCCUGGAGGAGCCAAGCGCCGCAGGACGUAGCCGCAGCUUGCAGCAGGAGGACUUGGGACAUCAGAUGUUUGAAAAGAACUGACUGAGAGAGGCGUAGCUAAUAUUGGUCGCGCUUGAGCCAAUGUGAAAGUGAAAUGACGUGCAGGGGAUGUAUGAUGUUCGUGUGCGUUAUCUGCAGUCCAGGGGUUCACUGCGAGGCGUUCCUGUGCUUUAAGCGUUCUGAGCUGUUCACAGACAGAGACAGCAGAAAUAUUGGAAAGUCUUUGGUGGUUGUGUAGGAUCAGAGACUAGACUGAUGGGGAAAGUAUGAUAAACUAAUAAGCUUUCCUCUGCUGAGUUUGGAAACAAAACAGUGACUUUUUUUAAAAAGGAAAAACGUUUCUGGGAAUUUUAAGUGGUAGCUUUAUUUUAUUUUUGUCCGAACGAUUGUUUUUGAGAUGGACCUGAGAAUCAACUAGUUUGUUGUGUGAUUUUAACAGGACUUGCACUGCAAAUAAGUUGAGCUAGACGUCUGUUAUUAACUGUAUGAAAUAAGCUGAUUCUGUUAGCCUAUUAGACGGUCAUUGAUCAAAUGCUUAGGAAAUAGUGAUGGAUAUUUACACUGUUUCUGAGACAUGAUUGAUUCAAUUAUUUGACCAAAUGUGUGUUAAGCACAUCAGGAGUAUGUCCCUGAUUAAAAAACAUUAUUGUGAACAA